ACAACUCUAGCGGUUGUGGGUCCGCUUCCUUUCGUGUCGAGAACCGAAUCAACAACGACUCCUUUUACAAACACGCUAGCCUUCGGGGCACCGCGCCAGCAUGCAUAGCCCAUUAAGCCCGUCAGGGCUGGGCACACAACGCUCGCCGGUGGCUCGCGGUCGCGGUCGCAAGCAUGUCGCCGGAGUCGUGAAAGGAGCGGGGCCUAUGAGCCCGCGACACAUGUCCAAGCAAGCAUUUUACAUGAGUCCGACACGUGGCCCUUCUGCAACGCCUGCGGCGACCGGGCCGGGUGCCGAGGGUGCGGGGCUGGACAUUGCCGCACUGUUCCGGAGGGUUUUGAGCAACGGUGUCCAGGAUGACAGCGCCGUGGCAGCCUCCGCUCCGCACACCGUCACGGCUGCUGACGCCUACGCCCACACCGCCGCCCAGUACGGCAUGCCGCCGGGGCCCUUCGCCUCCACCGCCACCUCCGCCUUCUCCAGCGGCGCCGGCGGCGGCGGCGCGCAGCCGCUGGCGUCCCUGGCAGACCAGGUUCUGGCAGACGCCGCCGCCGCCGCCCACGGCGAGGACCCGGUGGCGGCGGCCCGGCAGCUGCAGUCCUUCCUGGGCCAGUACCAGCACCAGUACGGCGCGGAGACGGACGCGCGCAUCGGCGCCGCCAUCGCCAAGCUGCAGGACUACAUCGACGGCGCCGCCGCCGGAGGCGGCGGCGGCAGCGCCGCCGGCCUGCGGGACGCGCUCGGCGCCUUUGGCGCCGCCGACACGUCAGCGUCGGCGGCGGCGGCAGCCGCCGCCACUGGCGCCGCCGCCGGCGCCUCCGGCGGCGGUGGCGAGGCCCCCGUGUACCACAACUACAUCCUGGAGCAGCUGACGGGGGUGUUGGACUGGGUAAACAACCUGCUGGUGAGGAACGGCACGCCCAAGCCGUUCGUGUACGACGCCUACGGGCGGGUGGUGGAGGACGCGGGCGCGGCGGCCUCGGUGGAGCAGCAGCAGGAGCAGCUGCGCGCGGCGUCGCAGUCGCUGCGGCUGCUCAUCCAGCAGCUGCAGCAGGUGAACACCCAGUACGCGGCCAUGGCCGACAGCGAGGAGCGCGCCACCAUGGGCCAGGUGCUGACGCAGCUCAACACCAUGGCGGACCGCCUGGCGGUGGCAGCCACCCGCCGCCCGCUGCCGCACCUGGAGCCCGGCGCCGCGGUGGGGCUGGACCUGGCGCCCUACGUGCCGCCGGAGCAGCUGUACGGCGUGGACAAGUACCGCGACCCGGUGCUGCGUGUGCUGGACGGCAUCUACAGCGCCGUGGUGGUGGACAGCGGCCUGCGCGAGUUCCUGGCGGGAGUCAAGCAGCUGGGCGACAGCCUGGCGGACAGCAUGGCCGUGGCGUGGACGGGCGCUCCUCCUGUGGGCCGCCUGGUCGCCUACAUCGCGGCGGUGGCGGGCGUGCUGUUCGUGAUGCGCUCCAAGCUGCCCAGGGCGCUGCUGCAGCCCACCUCGCCCGGCGGCAGCUGGCUGCAGCAGCUGGGCGGCGGCCGCGGCGACAACCCCCUCCACGACGGCGGCGCAAACACCAGCAGCAGCACCGGCACCGGCAGCAGCAGCGUGAUGGGGUUGGUGGAAGCGCCGGGCACCUUCGCCUCUCUGGGCGGCAGCGCGCGCACGGCGCAGAGUCGGCUGGCGGGCAUGGACCGCGACGGCGGGCUGGGCGACACGCGGCUGCCGUCCGAGGUGCUGGCCUCGGGCGACCCCUACGCGGCACGCAAGGUGCUGUUCGACACCACAGCCUCAUCCGUGCCCUCCGGCGGAGGCAGCAGCAUCGCCGGCGGCCAGGCGGCGUCCGUGGCGGCGGCGGGGCGGCAGCGCAGCGCGGCGGCGGCGGUGGCCACGCCGGCGUUGCCAGGCGGCGGCAAUGGUGCCGGCCAGUACUCGAGCGGCAGCAUCCCCAGCCUGCCCAAGCCGCCCCCCGGCGGCUGGAACAGCAACUACAGCGACCGCGCGGACUGGUGGACCGCCGGCCAGACGGCACAGCAGCAGCAGCCGCCAGCAGCUGCGGCGCCGCCGCCACCACCGCCGCAGCCCCGCACUGUGGCGGAGUCCUGGGAGGCCUUCCGCCGCAGCACCGGCGGCCUCGGCGCUAGCGCCGAGCCCGCCUCCUCGGCCUCGUACUCCGCCGCCGCCAACCCCUCCGGCGGCGUGCUGGACGCCACCGCCGCGCUGGCGGCGGCCGCGGUCGCCGCCGCCGUGGGCAACAGCACCGGCGCCCCCGGCGGCGGCCGCGGCGGCCCCGGCGACCCCAAGCUGGCGGAGUUCAGUCGCGCCACUGAGGAGAAGCGCAUCGGCCGCGACCGGGCGCGGGUGCGCGCCACCAUCAAGGACCGGCUGCGCUGGCUGGUGCGCGCGCUGGGCCCCGUCACCAGCGUGGUGCCGGGCGGCGAGCCGCUGCGCGAGGAGGUGGACGGCCUGCUGUCGCAGCUGGAGGCGCUGUCGCCCACCGACAAGCCGCUCAACACCAGCGUGGACGCAGCCGCUGCCGGCUACGGCGGCGCCGCCUACGGCGGCGGUAGCGCUGGUGGUUAUGGUGCGGGUGGGUACGGGUACGGGGCCGUGCGGGCGCCUGCGGCGUCCGUGGACCCCGACCUGCUGGGCGAGUGGCGGCUGGUGUACGCCUCCAACGCCGGCUCGGCAGCGGGCGCGCCGUCGGCCGCCUCGCAGGCGGCCAGCGGCGGUCCCAACCUGCUGGCGCAGGUGCUGCAGCUGGCCGACUCGCUGCCGGGCUUCGGCAUGACGCACGUGCUGCAGCGCCUGUCGCUGGAGGAGACAGCAGCAGGCGGCGCCGCGCCCGCCUACGCCGCCUCCAGCGCCGCGUACGGCGCCGCUGGCGCGGCUGCGCCGCACUCGGCGGCGGUGGUGGUGACGGAGAACAGCGCGGUAUUCCGGUUCGGGCCGCUGGGCUCGUGGCGCGUGACGGUGAAGGGGCGCUGGAUGGACAACGGCGGCGGCAUGUGCGCGGCGGCGGAGUUCGAGUCGUUCGGCGUGCGGCCGGUGGACCUGUGGGGGCUGUCGGUGGAGGCGCUGCUGCCCGAGGUGACGGUGCCGGUGCCUGAGGUCCUGCGCAGCCGCAGCGAGUGGUGCACCACCUACCUGGAUGAGGACAUGCGGGUGGGGCGCGGCAGCGGCGGCGCGCUGUUCCUGUUCCGGCGCGGCGGCGCGGACGACGUCACCGAGGCGGCGGGCGCCAUGGGCGGCAGCCUGGGUGCGGGCUCCGGCAUGGGCAUGGGCUUGGGCGUGGGCUUGGGCGCGGUGGCUGCGGAUGCCCGCGCGCCGGUGAUGCGGCCGCUGUGAGGCGCGUGGGAGGAGGGGCGGGUGGCAGGAGGGAAGUGGAGCCUGGCGGCCGGCGCCGCGGGUGUGUAGCGGUGUGCCCGUGUGUGUGCGGGUGCGUGUACGUGUACGUGUACGUGUACGUGUACGUGUACGUGUACGUGUACGUGUACGUGUGUGUGUGUGUGUGUGUGUGUGUGUGUGUGUGUGUACAUGUGUGUGUGUGUGUACAUGUGUGUGUACAUGUGUGUGUACAUGUGUGUGUACAUGUGUGUGUACAUGUGUGUGUACAUGUGUGUGUACAUGUGUGUGUACAUGUGUGUACCUGUGUGUACAUGUGUGUACAUGUGUGUGUGUGUGUUGAGGUGGGCAUGGUGUGGCUGUGUGGGCGAGGAGGAGCACAGCGCUUCCAUCCGGCACUUGUGAGACAUGUCACAAUUUAUCAUCAUUUUAUCGCGGCAGGCAGUCCUAUGCAUGAGCAAUUCAUGGCGGUGCGCAUGGCGUGGAAUGGAGUGAAUUGAUGUUGUCAGGGGGCUGGUUGCAAUGGCCGAUACCGGUACCUGUGGUCCUGUGCGUCUCUGCGUGUCCUGUACAGUGUAUUCCCCCAAAUGGAUAGGGAGGGCAUGGUUGCAGGCCUGGCCAGAUCAGGUGUCUGGGUUUUAUCCCUCGCCUGCGUGUGCGUGCUUGUAUCUAACUGUACCACUUCAAUUAGGUCAAGGUUACCUGGCCCCUGUAGAGACGUGGAGGCUCAGACAAUAAGACAAUUGGUCUUAGCUCAAUGCAAACAGUGCAAAGAUUGAUUACAUUUGCUGAGUCUGCUUGUGGACAGAGAGAUGUGCGGUGUGAGGACUGUCGGCAGGAGCAUUGAUAGUAUGACAGUGGAGCGUGAAGAGGGAGAGGGACGGAGGGAGGCUGCGUGGUGCUGGCAGAGGGACGGAGGACGAGGUGGGCACCAUGCGGCCUUUGCAAUGCAUUCAAAGCUUCGCCCAAAGCCUUAACUUAUCAGGAUACCGUAUUGCUUGAAGCAGGAGUGCCGUCGCUGGUCACGCAACUUAAGAGAACUGCAGGGAAACAAGCAUCGAACCGGGGGUCGUGAUGGAGG